AUGGAAAAGACACUCCUUGCCAUAGGUUUAAUGAUGUUAGUCGGAACACUUUACAAUGUUCAAAGCGUUCCUGAAUUGGAAUUGGCUUAAAAAUUCACAAAUUACUAAGCCCAAUUCAACAAAUAAUACUCAGGAUCUGAACUCCUCUAUAGAUUAUAAGUUUAUGAGGCCAACCUUGCUGACAUUAAAGCCAGAAAUCAAAGAGUCGGAAGAUAAAUCUUUGGCGAAACCUAAUUCACAGACCUUACCGAUGAAGAAUUCGCUGCCAUCUACUUGACCCUCAAAGUCGUCCCUGAAGAAUUUGAAACACAAAAAUCUUAAUUUGAGAAUGUCACAGCCACCCCCAUCGAUUGGAGAUCAAGAGGAGCAGUCACUCCAGUUAAGGAUUAAUAAGCAUGUGGUUCAUGCUGGGCUUUCAGUACAACUGGUGUCUUGGAAGGAUGGUUCUAGAUCAACACUGGAAAGUUACCAAAUCUCUCAGAAUAAUAAUUGGUUGAUUGCUCAACCUUUAUUCCUGAUUUGAACUAAGGAUGCAAUGGAGGUAUGCCAUCAAGAGCCUUGAACUAUGUCAAGAGAAAUGGUCUUACAACUUAAGAUGCUUAUCCAUACUAAGCUGUUGAUUAAGCCUGCAAAAUCAAGGGAGGUGAAUACAAAGUCAGUGGAUCAACUGCCAUCGCCGCCAACGAAGCCGCUCACUAAGCUGCCCUCUAAAGCGGACCAGUUUCAGUUGCUGUCAAGGCCUCAGAUUGGAAGAACUAUAAACCCAAAGGUGACAACUACAUCUUCCCAGAUUCUGAAUGCACAGGAGAUGUCAACCACGCUGUCUUGGCUGUUGGAUUCACCAGUGAAGCUCUUAUCGUCAAGAACUCAUGGAACACCGUUUGGGGAGUCGAUGGAUACAUCUACCUUUAAGGAGGAAAAAACACUUGCAGUGUUUGGGAUAACUCAGUUGUACCAAAAUGAUAUCAAUCAUUAUCAUAAAUAUUAAUUCCAAAAUAAAU